GGGUGGAGCUCUGUUCCUGCCUCUCAUGUUUUUCUGCCUCCUCCUCCUCCGCCGCCGCCUCGCUUCAAGAUAAACGCUCUUCUACUACCAGGCAGGCCAGGCAGCCUUUCCAUCCACCGACAGAGCACCGAGACGGAAACCAUGCUUGCCGAGCCGCUGCGUUCGGCCGUGACGGCCGGUAGAACCGAGGACACCUCGCUGGCUCUGCCGUCGGACGCCAGCCUGCACACGGGAGCGCACCGCGUCCUGGAUCAAGUGCAGACCGUCAAGAGGAGCAAGUCCAAACACGGCAAGAAUUGCACUCCUACAAGCCCCACGUUGCCGGCCUUGUCAACACUGGACGAAUUCAGAACGUUCCAGUUUUUGCCGACCAACGCCAACGGUACUUCCGGUCGCAGCAACUCCACAAAGUCGACUGCGUACAACAAACUGCAAUAUUCCCAAAAGAGUCGGUCUCUGUCAACCAAAAGCUUGGGAUCUAGACACCACAGUUCCUCCGGUGGAUGGGAACAACAAAUCAACAUCUCUAACUGGCCUCAAAGUCCCGUUGAGAUGAAACCCAGCCGCAGUGAUCCUGCCUUGGGUCCUGCAAGCAUGAGGAGAGUUAAAGGGCAGCUCACCCAGAGCCAAGUGAAGAGAGUGAGCACAUACUCCACUAGCAAUGGUAUCCACACUGCUACAGGCCAACAACGGUUUAUUGACGCGCCUCCUGACCAGGCUCAGAGUAUCAAAACGUCCAAAAUUGAACAACAAUCGGCCAUCAACAAUGCACCCAGCAUAUCAGAUUUGACCAUUAAGGAAGCUGUCGAGUUUUUGUCUCACCCUGAGGAGAAGUUCCAGCAGUGCGGGGCCACUGUCAUUCAGCAAGUCACUUUUAAAGAGGAUAGUGCCAAACAGGAGGUUCUCCAGCUUGGUGGGAUCCCCACUCUUGUGAACCUGCUGCGGAGCCAAAGUCCUGCUGUGAGUCAGGCUGCCGCUGGGGCCUUAAGGAACCUCGUGUUCAAGAACCAGAAUAAUAAACUGCAAGUCCAGCACUGUGGCGGUAUUGCGAAAGCCCUGCAGUUACUAAAGGAGACGGAAUGUAGCGAGACCCAGAAGCAGAUCACGGGUCUGCUGUGGAACUUGUCCUCUGCUGACGAGCUCAAGGGAGAACUUAUAGCAACAGCACUGCCCGCUCUGACGGAGAAUGUAGUGGUACCGUUCACCCGCUGGUCAGAUGACAGUGUCACCAACAACAUACAUCCUGAGGUUUUCUACAACACCACGGGGUGUCUGCGCAACCUGAGCUGUGCGCAGCUGAGGGAGAGGGCGGCCAUGAGAGAUUGCCGAGGUCUUAUCGACUCUCUGAUGUGCUACCUGCAGUCCUGCGUGGCUGAUGACAACCCCGAUGACAAGUCUGUGGAGAACUGUGCAUGCAUCCUCCAUAAUCUGACCUACCAGUUGGAGGCUGAAUCCCCCAAGUGCUUUGCUGACUUUAUCCCCUCAACAGAAAACCAGUCUGGGAGGAAAAGCCCUACAGUUGGAUGCUUCAGCCCCAAGAGCAGCAAGGUUCAACAGCAGUUUUCAUUCGACGCUGUUCGAGGAAUGCUUGACGACGCUGAUCCGAAAGGUGCCAAAUGGUUGUGCCAUCCCAAAGCGAUGCAGACCUACUUGUCUCUACUAGGCUCGUCCCAGAAAGACGCCACCCUAGAGGCGUGCUGUGGAGCACUACAGAACCUAACUGCCAGCAAACAUCCUGGGUCUAGUGCCAUGAGCCAAAUCCUGGUCCAGAAGCUGGGUGCUUUAGUGAAUAUUACCCCUCUUUUGAGGUCACAAAAGCAGAGCCUGCAGAAGGCAGCUGUGUCUCUGCUUGGUAAUAUUGGUAGAACCAGCAGUUUGCAGGCCUCCAUGGCAAAGCAGGUUUUGCCGGAGCUCGCCGGCCUCCUCUCUGCUGGCCCCCGAGAACUGGGCAACUCUGAUGAAAGCGUAGCUACAGCUUGCAACACAGUGCGUAAUCUAAUGAUGGCGGACACAGAGGCCAACAAGAAGUUCAUCGAUAGCGAUUUGGUUUCAUCACUGGCCGAUCUCAGUGGCAAUGGCGCUUUCCCCAAAGGAAGCAAAGCUGCCUCUGUGCUUCUUUAUCACUUAUGGAACGACAAGAACUUGCAAAACGUUUUGAAAAAGCUAGGAAUGAGCAAGUCCUUAUUCGUCAAUGACAGCACCACGGCGGCAUACAGAUCCGUGCAAAUUAUCGAGUGAUAGAAGUGGGGAGCGACAUCACGUUUGCCCAGAGUCUAGAUGGAAAUCAGCAUGUUAAGACACUUUUGAGGCCACACCCUUGCAACACGGAGUGUAAUAUUACCGCCUUCGCAACCAACGCGUUUAAAAGCUUUAGCGUUUCCAAAUCUUAUCAUUGCUGUACAUAUCAUUCAGGAAGAAAAAAAUGCUUUUAACAUCAUCAAUAAUCCUGCGGUGUUGUAGUAUAUCUAUCUGGAUUGGUUUGAGUCUGUGUACAUAAUAGGGCAAGUUUUUUGUCGGUUUGUUUUUUUUUGUUUGUUUGUUUUUUUUUGGUUGGUUGGUUGAUUUGAGUGUGAGCUAUUUUAUGGUUUAAACUAGGUAGUAAAUAAUAAUGCAGAACGGUUUUAUUACAAAUGUCUUUUUUUGUGGCCAAGAGGACUUGAGAUGAUGAUAAACGUGACAGAAAGUGAAAACGAAAAGAGGAUGUGUGUUUUAUUGUUAAUUUAAAUUUUGUCUGAGCAAUAACUUGUAAUAAUUUUGUGAAACAUUAAGUUAUAGGGUCGCCACGUUGGAUGACUGGUUAGCACGACGCCUAACAGUUGUUCAGAAAUCCCAGACUCAUGCCGUUUGGAGUUAGCAGGUUCACUCGGUGCCUGUGUGGAGUUUCUCUGGGUACUCUGGGCUUCCUUCCACAUGCCAAAAACAUGCAUUUUUGGUUGAUUGAACACUCCAAAUUGCCAGCCCUGCAAUUAAAUGGCAACCGAGUCUGAGUGCCUAUCAGCUGGGAUAGGUUUCAACACCCCCAAGUCUCUUACGAGGAUAAGUGCCAUGGAAAAUGAAUGAAUGAAGUUAAGGUGAAAAUGCUGUAGUUGACCAAAAUGCUUUUAAAGGAGGUCUCAGGAGCCUUUAAAGUAGAAAGGAGACACAACGUUUAAGCUUCAUUAUUUAAAUUGUUCUGACUCAUUAGUAUAUUUUGGAAAGAAUAAAUUGCUCAAAGUAUGUUAUAUUUUGGAAACAUUUUGCAUGUUUACAGUGUGGAUAGCAACCGACUACUGGAAAUUCAUUGAACUCACCAUGACAGUAUAUUUACCAAUAUGUAAAAUCAAUUAUAAAAUGUCAUUUUCUGUUAGUUGCAAACAUGCAAACUCAAAUGAUUCAGAUGUGUUAUAAACUGCUUUUUUAAACAUUGUUUGUUUUAUGAAUAAAUAAUAAAUUUAAAAAAUGAAUUGUAUUCAAUAAUUAUUCUCUGUUUGUACCCAAUCCAUCC